GUUUUGCUGGGCUUUUCUCAGAGACGAGCGGCUGAUGUUUUCAAACUGAACGUCACACAGCCGUAGGCUACGGUAAUCGCCACUAUUUAGGCAAUUAUUCUAUAGAUUGCGCAACAUACACAUAUAACAGAAGCUGAAUGAAACGCAGGGGACGCGAGAGCCCGUUUAAAGGUGCAUGAUGGUCCGACAGAGCGUCUGCAUUGACAGCUAGUCAGGAGGAGGACCAUGGCCAAACCCGGGAGCGACCGCGAUGGAGCCAUGGUGGACAAACAGCCUGCGGGCAAGAAGAGUAAAGACAAGUUGUCCCCUUUCACAAAGACUCCGAAACUGGACCGGAGCGAGUUACUGGGGAAGGAGGCCAAAGCCAAGUCUUCCAUGAAACGCAAACUCUCCUUUAGCUCUAGCCCGCCCCCCUCCGAGCCCCGCACCGAGCCCAGAGGAGAGGAGCGUGACUCGGACACAGAUAAAGAUGGACCUGACAAGAAGCGAGUGAAGAAGGAGUCUGGAGGCCGAAAGUCGCAGUCUUCAAACCUAUUGUUUGGAUAUCCACUGUCAGAGAGGAAGCAGAUGGCUCUUCUCAUGCAGAUGACUGCCAACAGCCCAGACUCGACGCCCAGCCACCCCUCGCAGACACCCCCGGUGCAGAAGAAGGUGCCCCCCUCGCGACAGAAGGACAAAGUGAACAAGAGGAAUGAGCGUGGAGAGACGCCGCUGCACAUGGCGGCCAUCAGAGGAGACGCCAAACAGGUCAAAGAGCUCAUCAGCCUGGGAGCAGAUGUCAAUGUGAAGGACUUUGCAGGUUGGACGCCUCUCCAUGAAGCGUGUAAUUUGGGUUAUUACGACGUGGCCAAAGUGCUGAUUGCGGCCGGAGCCGAAGUGAACACACAGGGGCUGGAUGAUGACACACCUCUGCACGACGCCUCCAGCAGUGGGCACAAGGAUAUUGUGAAGCUGCUGCUGCGUCACGGUGGAAAUGCAUUUCAAGCGAACAAACGCGGAGAAAGGCCGGUGGACGUGGCCGACUCACAGGAGGUGGAGCAGCUGCUGAAGGGAGAGCUUGCUCUGUCUGAGCCCGAAGACAGCUCGUCAGAUUCUGAGGACCCUCCAUCCGUGAACCCUUCAAGUGUGGACGACAACAUGGACGACUCGGACACAGAAAAGGACUCGGACGGAAAACCCAAAUCCUCAAAUUCUAAUGUCCAAGGACUCGACGAAUACGAAUUCAAGGACGAAGAGGAAGAAGAGGACCUCAGUAAAGCGCUGAACGAACGGCACAUUCUGCGACGCGAGCUACGGCAACGCGAGAAGGAGGAGAAGGAAAGGAACCACGUCAAACAGAGUGGAAAAGGCGACAAAUCCAAAAAACAGAAAUCGUCCCGCGUACACUGCAGUUCGGACACAUCUAGUGAUGAAAUGGACAGUCUUCCUGAUAAACGAAACUCCCCUACUUGCUCCCAAAACUCUGAGACGCACAACAGUGAGUCUAGAUCGAAAAAGGACGAUCAAAAACUGGGGAAAGUUAAGCGGAAAAGUAAAAGCCGGAAUAAGGAAAACCAGGAAGACGGGAAAGAAAAUAGCAAAACACUCGUACUGUCACUAGCAACUGUAUCGGAAACUACAGAAAAGAUCCGGGAGGAGGAUUCUUUUAAAAUGUCGUUUAGCCCCAAAGAUGACUCCUCGGUCCAUCUCUUCCACUUGUCAAUAAAAUCACCUAAAUUAAAUCAUAGUUUGACAGACAAGCAAACGCCACUGAAACAAGAAAAUAUUGAUAAGUACAACCACUACACUGAUUCAGAUUACUGCACAGAAGGGUCUAGUAAAGGAUGCAAGCAUAAGGAAAAAAUCAAACAUCAACAAAAAGACACUGUUGAUGGGGAAGACGGGCAUUCAAGUCCAUAUAACAAAGAUGGCGGCAUAGGAAAUAGUCUAGACAGUUCAGAUGGAGCGAUUAGGAAAACUGACAUUGAGGGAAAGGCGGUUAAAAAGCACAAACUGAAACAUAAAGAAAAAGAUAAACAUAGAAGAGAAUACGAAGGCAGCAGACAUAAGCUAAAGGAGGCUAGAAAAGAUGGCCACCGAAAUCUGGAGUUCGAUCGUGAAUUUUGGAAAGAGAAUUUCUUUAAAAGUGACGAUACGGAAGAUGUGGUGAAAAAGGAAGGAGAGGAGUUGAAAAUAUCGGAUUCACCGUCAAUAAGAGAGGAGAGAAAGCAUUUAACAAGCAAGGACAAGAGGCCCAAAGAGGAAAAAGACAGGAAAAAAGAUAGAAAAGAUGAUAAAAUUGAUGGGCAUAGUUCAGGGAGGAGUUCAGAGGAGUCUAACUUGAAGGAGGAAGCAGAGGAGAGAGUUAUAACUGCGGAUUCGGAGUCGCUAGAGGCAUCGGAAAAGCGGGAAAAAUCAGACAAGAAAAUUAUAACAAAAGACAGUGAAAAAAUUGAGAAAAAACAUUCAGAUAAAGACAAAAAAGUGAAAUCUGAGCAUUCGGAGGAACGCUGGAGAGAGAGGGAUAAAAGUUACAAGGAAAAUGAGAAAUUAAAAUCGUCAUCGUCAAUUAAAAGGCACGAAGAUAGCCGGAAAAGUAAGGAUAAGAUGGAAAAGAGGUCAGAUAGAGAAAGCAUAGGUGAACAUAGGGAGCAUAGAGACAAGGAUCGCAGCAGUUUGGAGAGAAAAAAUAAAUUGCAAGAAAAAAGCAGCGAUCAUAGCAAAUCCGAGCGUUCAAAGGAUAAAGAUUGUGACAAAAAGAGGAGAGACAGGCCUAAAGAUUCAUCAAAUUCGUCAAGUUCGAAUUUAAAGUUAUUAUUGGAAGAAAAAAGAGGUUAUAUUUCAGAAAGUGGAAAGCUAAUAUCUGGAAAAUCAAAGGAGGAUGUGGUGCGGACGCCGGAAAAAGAUCGCGAUAGACGAGAGCGAGACCGCGAUUCAGAGAGACAUAAGGACCGAGAUAAAGACCGGCACAAAGAGCGCCCCCUGCUGGUCAAACCGAACAAACCUAAAUCCAAUGAAAAUGAUCCAGAUAAAGCUAAACUCAAGGCGUCUCCGGCUGCGCAGAAAGACUCAAAACCCAAAGAAAAGCGAUUGGUUAACGACGAUUUGAUGCAAACUAGUUUUGAACGAAUGCUUAGCUUAAAAGACCAGGAAAUUGAGCAGUGGCAUCGGAAACACAUGGAAAAAAUCAAACAGAAGGAAAGAGAAAGGCUAAAGCAAAGAGCAAUGGGAGAUUCAGUGAAGCCUAAAUUGAAAGAUAGGACAAAACCGGAAUCAUGUUUGAGUAAGGAGCUAAUGAGAUCGAAAAGCUCAGAUACUCAAGAAGGCAAGGGGAUAAAAGACAGCACUAGUCAAAGGACAGUGUCACUGGAUGGUAAAAAUCUACCAUCAAUUGGCGCAAAAGUUAUGUCUGUUGUUGAAAAUUGCUUGACGAGAUCGCCCAGACCGGAUAGUAGCGAUCGCUUAAUGUCCAGAUCGGUUUCAAUGGUAUCGGUAGCCAGCUCUGAAGAUUCAAGCCACGCGACAAUUUUAACCCCAAAACACACCGAAUAUGAUUCAGAUAUGAAUUUGGAUGCAUCCGAUUCACAACCAGCUUUCUUACAAUCCUCGCUAGUUAUUCAAGCUGCACGAUCACCAUCCAUGCAUGAUAAUAGCAAUAUCUUAGAUGUUACCCGGACAGCUCUACCGGUAAGGCAUGAAUCCCCAUGUCUACGGGCGAUUUUGGAUGAUGAGGCUUCAAGUGAAACUAAAAUGGUUGAAAACAUCCCAAAAAUUAGCGUGACUUUAGAGGAGACGAAACCCAAUGAUGCCUCAAUGGAAGAAGAGGCAAGUUUACAUACGGACCCACAGCAAAGUUUAGCUCUGGAGAGUGAUUUGGAUGCUAGCACUUUGCAAAGUAAAGAUAUCAACAAUCCUACUGACCCAAAAUUUUCUGCCUCCUCCAAUGAGCCUAGUACAGUACGAGAUGUUCAAUGCCUAGUUGAAAAGGUAGAUUGUAAGGAUCACCAAGCUACAACUGUGGAUGCCGGCACAGCUGAAAAUACAUCAAUGACACUAAAAGAUGCUAUCAUCAAUGUAGACAAAGUAGAGAUUGUUGAAUCAAAAGAUAAAAUGCCAGAAAGUGAGGACAAAAAUGACCAAGACAACAUGGAAGCUAAUUCGGAACAUCUUGACACAAGUGCUAAUGCUAUCCCUAGCCCUAUGCCUUCCACAAGUAUGGCUAAUAUUCCUGGCUCCACUCCUGUUGAAUCUUUACCAGGUUUUUGUGGCGAUACACAAGAAGAAGAUAUGGAAGUUGAUAUAAAUGACAAUAAGAAAUCAAACGUAUCCAUUGACACUGCAGUAGAUAUUGAAGAGAAAAAAGAAAUUUCAAGUGAAGAUACAAGACAACAAGAUGCCACUGAAGUUGAGGAGCAUUCAAGUAGUGACAAUUUGAGUGAAUCUAAACCAGAAAAUGUUGAACCAAUGGAAGUGGAAAAUACAGAAGAUAAAACCGAAACACAGUUGAAUUCAGAAGACCAGCGAUUAGCCCAAAAUGUAGCAGACACAAGUAGUAGUAAUAGCAGUAGCAGUAGUAGUAGUAGUAGUAGUAGUACUAGUAGUACUAGUAGUGGUAGUAGUAACACUUCUGGUAGCUCCUCCCCGCAAUCUGGCGAGUCGGAUUCUUGCAGCGGAGCCAAAACGAAAACCCGAAAUUCCGAUGAAGAGCUCAACCUCAACGUCCAACAUCCGAGAAAGAGAAAAAUGCCCAAAAUGUCAAUGCAAUCGCAAUCGUCUGGCAGCCCGCAGGACAAAGACAAGGGACAGCAGUCAUUGGCAGCCAUAGUGGAUUCAGUGAAGUUGGAAGAGAUCGAACCGUAUCAAACAGAGAGAGCGAAUCCGUACUACGAGUUUUUACACAUCAGGAAGAAGAUUGAGGAGAAGCGUAAAGUUUUGUGCAGUGUGACUCCUCAGCCACCGCAGUACUACGACGAGUAUGUGACGUUCAAUGGGUCUUACCUCCUCGAUGGGAAUCCACUCAGCAAACUCUGCAUACCCACUAUAACUCCUCCUCCAUCAUUACCUGAACAACUGAAAGAGAUGUUCAAACAGCAGGAGGUGGUCCGAAUGAAACUACGACUUCAACACAGCAUUGAAAGGGAAAAGCUGAUAGUUUCAAAUGAACAGGAAGUCCUCAGAGUCCACUAUCGAGCAGCGCGGACGUUAGCCAAUCAGACGCUUCCUUUCAGCGCGUGCACUGUUCUAUUGGACGCUGAAGUUUACAACAUGCCCCAAGACGUCCAGGUUUGUGCAAAUACUGAUGAUGGAAAGACGUCCGUGAGAGACCGGUUCAAUGCUCGGCAGUUUAUGUCGUGGCUCCAGGACGUAGACGACAAGUUUGAUAAACUCAAGACAUGUCUCCUGAUGCGGCAGCAGCAUGAGGCGGCCGCGCUAAACGCUGUACAGAGACUGGAGUGGCAGCUCAAACUGCAGGAGCUGGACCCGGCCACGUACAAGUCCACCAGCAUCUUUGAGAUCCCAGAGUUCUACAUCCCCCUGGUGGAGGUGAACGACGACUUCGACCUGACCCCCAUCUGAAGUGCAAGAUUCUGUGCAUUUGAGCUACAGUGAAAUAUGAAGCACUUACAUCCAGGCACUUAAGACUCUAAAACCAGGUCUAGACCAGGACUAGACCAGGAUCCCAAGUCCAGGAUCCAGGAAGUCCACGGUAUGGUCUACAGACGCAAGACCACAGAGACCACCUUACGAGACCCCAACACGGACCCAAGUGCUUCUCUUUGUCAACGCAAACUGAAUAUUUCAAAAAAGUUGUUCAUACGUCGUGUACAGACUUGUGCUCUUAAUUUUUUAACUUAUUUUAUACAUACAAAUUGUGCAUUUGUAAAUAGCCAUGUAAUUAUUGUUUUAAACCUGUACAAAAUAAUAGAUAUUUUGAUUGUAAACUCGUUCCGUCUCGUUUUAAUGGACCAAAGUUGUUUUUAUAUUGAGUGUCCUACGUCAGUGCUGUUAAUGUUAUCGUUGUUGAAAUUUAAGCAUGUGUUUUUGGGCGAUUUUUGUUGAGCGUUCUCAUCCACAGCUGAUAAAAUGUUUUUUAAAGUUUUCGGAGGUUUAAAGCUGUGCAUGCAUUUUGACUAUUUGUUCUUGCGUGAAUUUAUCGUGAGCUAUUACGGCUUCUUACCCCCCGUGUUUCACUCCUCUCACUGCAAAAAUAAUAUCUACUUGGGUUGAAAUGAUUUGAGGUCAAAAUCAUAAAGGACCUAUAUUACUUUUUUUUUUUUUUUUUUUACCUGUGGUAUAAUGUUGUUUCCUCAUUUAACAUAUACCCAGUGUUCUGUUUUGUUUCAUUCACACAUUUAACACACAAAUCCUGCAUAUUUAGGCUGAAAACACUCACCUUGUGAUGUCAUGUGGUGCUCCUGUGUUUUUAAACUCCAUACACCUUCACUAGAAUCAUUUAGAUUAUUUCAGCCCUGGAAUUUCCAGUCUCUACUGAACAAAAUGUAAAAAGUAGCUGUUAACUUUAAAACUAUUGCUUCAUGACAUCACAAGGUGGAAUAGAGCAUUUUGAGCUUUGGAGAUGUAGACAAACUACUAAAGAGUUCCUCAAACAUGUGUGAAUGAAACAAAACACUACUCCAGGUAUGUUUUUGAUGAUGUAACCACAUUGUAGCAUGACUAAAAGCUCACAGGAGUCAAUAUUGCGCAAUAUAUGACAGUUAAACGUAAUUUGAGUAGGUUUAAUUUUUUACUACUUAUAAGCUGUUAACAUUAACCAGAAACCUUAUUAAAUAUAUAAUAAUGAGGUGACCAUGUAACUUUUCUAGUGGGGAAUCUAUAACCUGCUUAUCUGAAUGAAAAGGUUAGUGCUCUGCCUGGAAUGUUCCACAUCAUGGCAUUAACUUCAUCAUUUUUUUCACAGGUGUUUUUAUUGGUAGAUAAACACCUUGAAAAUCAUUCCUAACUGUGAGUGGGCUUGCCUCUCUCCAGAUCUGAUCUGUAAUGACCUGGAGGCGACACCAGCUCAUCUCCAUCGAUAUCAACAAGUUUAUUGCCAUACUGUGGAAUAUUCCAGGCAAAGCGGCAACAUCUCAUGUGGCAGAUCCUCCUUCAGAAAAGUGACAUACUAUUGAAACUUACAAGAAAUGAUACAGUGCUUUUCAGUGGCUAAAAGUUUUCAGUUGUCUUAACAUGAGUUAUAAGAGUUAUUGAGUUAUACGUACUAGAGCAUGUCGAAUGGUUUAAUUGAAUAUGUUUGGAUCAGUAAUUAGUCCAGAAAUUUGUUUUGUAAUAUCUACAGAAACAGUUCUUGAGUUAUUUGUUAUUGAUCGGUGCUGUGAUUCUCCUUACUUUGGGAGUAACUGAUCAACUUUACUUUAAUAGACAUUAAGAUUUUAAAUGCAAGUCAUUCAAACUCCUGCAGCUAUUGUUUUUUGCAGUGCAUGUUGUCCACGUGUCUCGCGCACAUUAAAGUCUGUUGUGGCUUCAAAAUAAAAGGAAAAAAAAAACAUACUUUUACAGUUUCAAUGUGAGAUCACAACAAAACCUAUUUUUUCAACAUAAUGCCUUUUGAACGAUAGUUCUAAAAAUGUCUAUUUUAAUAUUUACAUGAACUGUACAUAUCUGUAAUAUAUAAUUGAAUAAAUUUUAUUUGUUGUGAAAUGAAAA